GAGAGAGAGAGAGAGAGAGAGAGAGUAUAGAGAGCGAGAGAGAGAAAGAAGAGAGUAUAGAGAGAUAGAGAGAGAGUAAAGAGAGAGAGAGAGAGAGACUGUGUGAGUAGUGUCAGAGUAGUGUGUGUUUCCACUCCUCUCCAGCAGCACCUGUGUGACCGGAGAACCGGAGAACGAGCCGCUUCCAGCCGAACCUCCUCUCUCUCUCUCUCUGCGGGGAAACACACCGGAGGAGUCCGGAGGAGAGACCGGAGGAGGAGGAGAGCAUGAUGUCUGCGGACCAGAGCCAGCUCCGUGUCCGGGUCUGGAGCGGGUUCGUCCUGGUGCUGCUGGACUUGUUGCUGCUGGAGGAGGAGGACUACGGACACACCGGGACCGGUUCUAACGGAUUCUAGAGGAAAACUGAAGAGUUUAUUCUGGUUCUGUGGAUGUGAGUUAGUCCGGAGUCCGGAGUCCGGAGUCCGGAGUCCUCUCCCUGGACCGAGGACCGAGGAGGACCCGCUGGUCUCGUGUGGAUCUGUUUGUUUUACGCUCCUUCUUCUUCUUCUUCUUCGGUUUUACGCGCCGGUUCCGGUUCGGAGGGUUCGGUUCUGUCUGUCUUGACGAGAAACUCUGCUGAUUCUGAUCCAGAUGUUGUCCAGCUGCUCGGCCGUUCCGUGAACCUCCUCGAACGAGCCCCUACAGAGCUUCAGGACUUGGCUCCAGGACCGGUGCUACGGGACCAGGACCAGGACCGGGCUCCGGGUCCAGCAUGGCGGGCGGAGUGGCGGCAUGGCUGCCGUUCGCCCGCGCGGCGGCCGUCGGCUGGAUGCCGGUUGCGAGCGCACCGAUGCCGGUUCCCCCGUUCGAAGAGAAGCGCGGGCACGCGGGACUCCUUGUGCUCAACGUGAGCGGGACAAAGUUCCAGACGUGGAGGGAAACCCUGGAGCGGUACCCGGACACCCUGCUGGGCAGCACCGAGCGGGACUUCUUCUUCCACGAGGAGACCAACGAGUUUUUCUUCGACCGGGACCCGGACAUCUUCCGCCACGUGCUCAAUUUCUACCGGACCGGAAGGCUGCACUUCCCGCGCACCGAGUGCAUCUCCGCCUACGAUGAGGAGCUCGCGUUCUUUGGCAUCAUCCCGGAGAUCAUCGGGGACUGCUGCUACGAGGAGUACAAAGACCGGCGGCGGGAGAACCAGGAGCGGAUCCAGGACGACGAGGACAUGGACCAGUCCGGGGACCUGGUGGCUCCGGACCUGGGCUUCCGGGAGAGCAUGUGGCGGGCCUUCGAGAACCCGCACACCUCCACCAUGGCGCUGGUCUUCUACUACGUCACCGGCUUCUUCAUCGCGGUGUCGGUGCUGGCCAACGUGGUUGAGACGGUCCCGUGCAACCCCGCGCCGAACCGGGUCCAGGUGGUCUCGUGCGGGGAGCGGUACGCGCUCGCCUUCUUCUGCCUGGACACCGCGUGCGUCCUGAUCUUCACGGUGGAGUACCUGCUGCGCCUGAUGGUGGCGCCGAGCCGCUUCCGGUUCAUGAAGAGCGUGAUGAGCGUCAUCGACGUGGUGGCCAUCAUGCCCUACUACAUCGGCCUCGUCAUGACCGACAACGAGGACGUCAGCGGCGCCUUCGUCACGCUGCGUGUCUUCCGGGUCUUCCGGAUCUUCAAGUUCUCGCGACACUCGGCAGGACUUCGCAUCCUGGGCUACACGCUGAAGAGCUGCGCGUCCGAGCUGGGCUUCCUCCUCUUCUCCCUCACCAUGGCCAUCAUCAUCUUCGCCACCGUCAUGUUCUACGCCGAGAAGGGCUCCAGCGCCUCCAAGUUCACCAGCAUCCCCGCCGCCUUCUGGUACACCAUCGUCACCAUGACGACGCUGGGGUAUGGCGACAUGGUACCGAAGACCAUCAUGGGGAAGAUCGUCGGCUCCGUCUGCUCUCUGAGCGGUGUGCUGGUCAUCGCCCUGCCGGUUCCCGUCAUCGUCUCCAACUUCAGCCGAAUCUACCACCAGAGCCAGAGAUCUGAGAAGAGGCGAGCUCAGAAGAAAACCAGGCUUGCUAGAGUUCGCGCGGUGAAGAGCGGAGGGGCUAACGCUUAUUUGCAGUACAAACGCAGCCAGCUGCUGAUUGACCCAGAUGAGGAGGUAACCACGGACAUGCAGUCCCUGUCGGAUGGACAGGCGCUGGUGUGUAAGGCCAACCCCAACUUUGACAUUCAUCAUAACCACCUUCUGCACUGUCUGGAGAAGACCACGAACCACGAGUUUGUGGACGAGAAGACGUAUGAAGGGAGCUGCCGGGAGGUAACGCUGGUGAAGCAGGUGUCUCGCUCUUCCUCCAUGUCUUCCUCGCCUCACGGCUUCACCUCCUGCUGCUCCCGCAGGAAGAGGAAGACCUUCGACGUCCCCAACUCCAACAUGUCCGUUGGUCUGCACGGUAGCGUCCAGGAGCUGAGCACCAUCCAGAUCAAAGAUAGACCGUUCACCAACAGUCGUUCCAGUCGAUCCAGCCUGAACGCUAAAUUUGAGGAGACGGUUCCCCUGAACUGUCACCAGCCGUACAUCACCGCUGCCGUCAUCAGCAUGCCCACACCGCCCGGCAACACGCCCGAAGGCAACGCCUCAUCUGGCUCCGUCGACUACUCGCAGACCAACAUCGUCCGGGUGUCCGCACUCUAGGUACCAACAUCCCCGUCCAACAAGGAAGUACAACCCAGCCAGCAGGAGGACGACGGGGAGUCGGGGGUCGGGGGUCAGGGGUCGGCGGCCCCGCUACACCUCAGACUCAGAGGGCGGGGCUUGCAUCAUGUGUCCACGACGGAAGUGACGGGUUAGCUAACCUCUCCUGGAGGUCAAUCUGUACGCACUAAAACUCAGCUAACCCGCUUCGGGCAUUUCUUUCUUUUGUCUUCUAGGAAGGAUUUCUCUUCCAGCAGUCAAACACCACAGAAGAAGAAAACGGUAGCACUUUGGCUGACGACUGAUCUCUAUCCCUGAGACAUUUAAAUCGUCACCACGGCUAUUUUUCAAUCCUGUAUGUCUUUAAAUCUGAUGUCUUACAAUGACAGCUGAUGCUAGCGUAGAUUUCUAAAGUUUAGAACGCAGUUUAAAGGAAAUUUUCGAUAUUUUGGGAACGACACUGUUAACCAUCUUACCAGAGUUACAUGAGGAAAUAGAUUCAGAUGUGUAGCUUAGCACAAAGAAAUGCUAGCCUAGCUCCAAAGAUAGAUAGAUAGUUGACUGGAGCGACUGAAUAAACGACACAAAAAUGCAAAAUACUCGCCUGCAAAUAUUGUAUAUAUCUAGGGCUUUUAUUGUGAAAGAUAAGUACUUUGUUAGCGGACUUUGUUAGCAGAGUUUAUUGUAUAUAUGUAUAUAUACAUAUAUAUAAAUGUAUAUAUGUAUAUAUACAUAUAUGUAUAUAUCACAAAUACCCAGACACUGAUAGUUCUGGAUCAGGGCUACGUAUAAAUGGCUAACAGAUGUUCUUCCCAACAUAACGAGUGUUUCCUUUAAAUGGCUGAUUUAGUGAAUGAGGUUUUGUAUUGGUAGAAGAAGAAGAAGAAGAAGAAGAAGAAGAAGAAGAAGAACCCUCAGAGCAUGCUCAGUAACUGUGUGUGUGUGUGUGUGUGUUUGAGUGCAUGGAUCGGUGUGUUUCCAGGCGUGUCGGGACGUUGCAUGCAGAUCUGAUUGAAUGCGUGCGAGACCUCGCCGCUGUGAUGUCAUGAGUUGUCAUGGAUACGAGCACUCCGGGUCCUGACUCUGUAUAUAUCCGUUUUAUACCUACUGCCUUCCUCUCUGCUCUACACAAACAUCUGAACAACCUUGAUGUCAAUUUGUGAUAAACUGUUUCUGUCGUUUAUCUUCGUUGCCCUGCCUGCAGAUUAAUUUAAUGCACAUGUAGCCUAAAGAUGCUUUUCUGUUCUUAAUGUAGCCGGUGUUUCUUAUGACGGAGAUGAUUUCAGGGAGAUUCAACGAUGUUUCUGGAAGAUAUAGAUUACCAUCACUGUACUGUAUUUAAUAACUAUUAUAGCUAGCCUAUUGCAACAAUAACCCCCAUAAAUAUAAAAUAUCCUGAAGACCUUACGCCCAUGUUGUCCCCAUAGAAUCAAGCAGGAUGAACGCCGUUAGCUGCUUCUUAGUUUCACAUUUUAUAAACUGUGUUUUAUGAACUUAUAUUUUAUGAGUUACGCCGGGUUCAGACUACACGAUAUCAGCCCGAUUAUUAAUAAACCGAUUAUUAAUUGUUGCGUCAAUCGACUGUUUUAUCCCGUAGUGUGUCUAGUGACGACAACCGACGGACACUUCACGACAGCCGACGCCACGACAACCGACGCCGUGGACACCUAAUCUGACACAGUGACCACCAUAACAGACAAAAAUAUUAUGUAGUCUGAACCCGGCGUUAGUCGAACUACAAAAUGAACAGUUGACUGAAAAAUGACACUGUAUUGUUUUAGCAAUGACUGCUAACUUUUGCUAACAGACGAUAAGUCUGUUAGUCAAUAAAUUAUGUUGCGUUAGCUGUGUCAUUUUCCCGCCCUGCACAAUGUAGCUAGCUUAGCUGAACUACAAAAUGAGCAGUUGACUGAGAAAUGACACUCUGUAGGCUAUUGUUUCAAUAUUUUAAAAGUUAGCAAUGACUGCUUUUGCUAACAGAAUGAUGAGUCAAUACAUUAUGUAGCGUUACCCCGCGCCAUUUUCCCGCCCUGUGCGAUGUAGCUAGAUAGAAAUGGAGCACUGAGCGUAUUGACUGACAGAUGAAGCUAAAUAAUAGUCUGAGUUCCUCUGUUCUACUGUAAAGCACAUUACAUCAAUAUUUGUAUGACUUUGUAUAUUUAGAGCUGAGCAGCAGCUCGUCCUGUUAGCUAACGUAGCAUUAGCUCAGCAGCUAAAGGACUGACUGAGAGCUUCAACAUGGUUAAACGUGACUUACCAGCAGUUUGUCAUUAUGACCAUAAGUAGACAAAUAAACAGCAGACAUCACUAAAUAUAAAUGUAGUUAUCAGAUUAAUGAAAACAUUAUGUAGCUAAUAAUAGGCUAGUAGCGGCCAUCAAUAGAUGCGAGCUAAACUAAACGUUAUCUUACUGAUUGUGACAGUUGAAGGAAUAGUUUAACAUUUUGGGAAAUACUUGUAUUGUUCAGAUGGAUAUCAAUGUCUCAUGUCUGUGUGUUAAUUAGAGCUGGAGGCAAGACUUUGUUAGCUUAGCUUAGCUUAGUUUAGUUUAGCUUAGCUUAGUUUAGCUUAGCUUAGCUUAUUUAGUUUAGCUUAGGUUAGUGAUUGUUCGUCAAGAAAUUGUUCCAGAGCCUAAACAAAGAACGCAUAUUGAUAAGAAGAAAGUCAAUAGUUUGUUCCAUGUCAACAUCAGCUCCCAGCAGCAGAGAUACGCUUCCACCAUUUUGGACUGAAAGCAACUAUCAGACACCAGUAAGACGUCUGCCUACAAUGUCCCGUGCAAAAGUAAAACUAAAUUAUUUCUAUUCAAUUGUCAUAUUCUACCGAAAUGGCCCAUGUCGAAUAAUAAAAUAUUCUAAAUAUAAUAAGCGUUUUCAGUCCAAAAUGGCGGCCGCGGCUGUUGUCUAAAAACACCAAAGUUUUGUCUCUUUGCUUCUAGACUCUUUGGUGUAACUCCCUCUAAAAACCACAAACUGCUGUUUUUACUAAUUCUUCAAUUGUGUGCAGAUUAAACAAAUGAGUAAAUUAAUGAUAGGUUAGUUAUAGAUGUAUUGUUUUUUACUUUACACAGAGCUCGGCUAGCAUUUCCCCCCUGCUUUCAGUCUUUAUGCUAAACUAGGCUAGCAUAAAAACCCUGCUCUCAGAAAUAUGCAUAUUUCCCAAAAUGUUUAACUAUUAAACUGUCAGAAUCAGUAAACUAACAUUUCCGCUGUCCUAUAACAAGACAACACCAAAGUCUGUUCAUAUUUAGGUGAGUAUUUUAGAUGCUGUAGCUCGUCUUUCCUCAAGUCCCGAAAAAUAUUUUCAUCUUUUGCACAAAAGGUCUUCGAUCCGAUUGUGUGCACAAGUUAUUAUCUCGUCUAAACAAGAUAAAAUAUAUGAAUAUUUCAGGACUUCAGGGUGAUAUAUUUGAGACUGUGUGUAAUUUAAAAGCCAUGAGGACGAAUGUGGAAACAGUCUACUUGUCUUGUUUUUGGUAUGAAUAUUUAAAGAUGUUGUAUCUCCUCUCAGAAGCACCAGUACCUGUACUGGUCCAGUCUCAAUGCACCAGUUCACCAGUGAUGAACUGAGAUUUACUUGUUUGAAUCCAUUUUGAUAUGAAGGCGAUUCUCCUUUUCUUAAACAACAUACAGCUGUGACUUCCUGUCCAUACCUGAACAUUCAUCUUCUGGUGGAUUAUAUGGAUCUGUUGACAUGGAUUCACAUGGUGGACGUUUCCACGGCUGGAUUGAAAGUUUGUGAGCACAUCGGAACAUUCGUGGACGGCUGAAAUAGAUUCAGCACUGAUGCAAAUAAACUCUGGAGCUGGAAUUUAAUCUUGAACUUGAUUAAACACAGGUUGAUUGAUUUUUUGUUUCUUUUUUAAGGCGACAUUUCGGAGUGAAAAUACAAAUGGCCAACCCUGCGAGCAGCCCCUUAAUGGACCUCCCAUCAUGCAUCACUGCUUGACUAUAAUGUGACAUAUGCAACCGACUUCCUUUGGUUUAUUCUCUUUCUCUGGUUUAGUACAGAUGCCUUUUGAGUUUAGGGGAAAAAAUUAUACAAACAUAUUUUUGAGGAUCAUUUUUGGUUGUAAAAGAAAGAAAUUAUAAUUACUGUUGCUAGUGCACAUGUGCUGUAAUUGUUAUUUAUGGUGUAGUAAAUCAUCUUAUUUUUUCAAUAAUUUCCAUAAGAAGUUAUAGUGUCUUGCGUUAACAUUCCACAUGAUAUUUUUCUAAAGCCUUUGCAUGCGUUAUGAGCAGCCGUUGUGUCGGAGCGAAGAAGUGAUUCAACUUGUAAAUUGAAUAAAUUCUGAGGAUGAUAAUUCUUACUUUUGAUUUGUUACAGCUUGUGUUAAAUAUGGAUUACUGAGGAUAAUCUUGAAAAAGUGAAGCUUCCAUGGUUUUCCGCUGCAGUGUCUGAGUAUAUAGAAUAAAACAUAAAACCAG